AUGGCGGGACUGCGACCUUCCCGAUUCUUCUGGUCCCUCGUUGAGAGACCCCCCACCGUGCUACCUGAGAUGCUUCAGCGAGCGAACCAGUUCGUCGCGGUUGAGGCUUGGAUGGCCGGAAAGCAAGAAGAGCGUGCGAGGGUCAGACCGGAGCUGGCUCCUGGGCAACAGCCUGUCGCGACUAGGCGCAGGCUGGACCGAUCCGACCCCCCCGCUCCGAGGCCCCCUCUUCCCCCCCUGGGCGCGUCCCGAACGGAGAUAUUUCUCCAGAUAAAGGAGAGAGGGUUGCUUAGGGCUCCCGUCCCGAUGAAAAACCCACGAGAGCUCGCCGACCAAUCGAGGAGCUUGUCCGCAAGGGGUCACCUCAGUCAAUACAUCCGACGGAACAGGGAGCCUUCGCCUCACCCGGAGGGCCCCGCGGAGCACCGCAUCGAUGUCAUCACUGGAGGACCGGUGGCUGGGGGAACCAGCACGUCCAGGAGGAAGGCAUACGCCCAUUCCGCUAGGACUGACGCUCCCCAACGUGGCCCCGACCCCAAGGUCGCAUUCCCUCUCGAGGACGUCAAGCGACCAGAGCAUGACGACGCGCUUGUGAUAAUGACUCAAAUCGCUAACGCCCAGGUAAGGAGAAUCAUGAUCGACACCGGGAGCUCAACCGACGUGCUCUAUCUGGAUGCCUUCCUGAAGUUGGGGCUAACCAAAGAAUCCCUAAAGCCUAUCUACUCGGCGCUCACGGGAUUCACCGGCGAUUCGGUCUCACCAUUGGGGACUUUUACCUUGCCCCUGACCUUGGGAGAGUCGCCCAGAACAAAGACAGUGAUGUCCACCUUCUUGGUGGUAGAUCUUCCUACUGCUUACAACGCUAUCCUUGGCCGCCCCACCCUCAACAAAAUCAGAGCUGUAGUCUCCACCUAUCAUCAGACGGUGAAGUUUCCUACCCACGCCGAGACAGGGGAAGUUUGGGGAAGCCCCUAA